AUGAAGUCCACCACCCUCCUCACAACCCUCUCCCUCGCCUCAACGGCCCUCUCAACCGCCAUCCCCCUCCCCAUCCGCUCUAACACCCGCCCCAUCCGCCUCCUCCACAAGCCGCCCCUCUCCCCUCCCUCCCAAGGCGCCCGCAUCCUCUCCUCCCAGUCAGAAGAAUCAACCCUCGGCGGCGCCCAUCUCCCCUCCCCCCCCUCAGGAAAAGUAGCCUCCGUCACCGCCACCUUUACAAUCCCCCACGCCUCCAUGCCCGUCACCGGCCCAACAGCGAACAACACCGUAGGCCUGUACGCAGCCUCCUUCCACAUCGGCAUCGACUCGUUUUCCGGUCUCUGUCCCAACAAUAGGUUCAUCCGUGCGGGGGUGGAUAUCUUUUGGGAUGGGACCAUAGGCGGGGAGCAGACUCCUUGGGUCUGGUACCAGUCUUCACCUGCUGAUGAGGACGGGAUGGGGUUUGGGAAUUUCUCUGCAAAGGCGGGGGAUGUGGUGAGGUUUGUGGUUACGGGGAGCGAGGUGAAGGUUGAGAAUUACGGGAAUGUGACCUGCACUAAGGGGUUGAAGGCUAGGCAGGUUGGGGUCCAGAGGGUGGAUGGGGGUGGGCUUUGUGGGGGGGAGGCGGCGUGGGCGGUGGAGGAUUUUCCGCUGGCGGGGAUGCCGCAUUUUCCUGUUGCGUUGGCGGAUUUUGGGGGGGUGGUUUUUAAAAAUCUGGAGGUUGGGUUUGGGAAUGGGACGGUGAGGAGGAAUGCGGAGGGGGCGGGGGUGAGGGAUGUGAGGUUGGCUGCUCAGGGGGGACGGUUGACGGAUUGUGUGGUUGGGGAGGGGGGGGGGAGUGUUAGGCAAUAUGUUGACGUGCCCGCCAUUGCUGACAUGUCAACCGACGUGAGUACCCAGCCCGAAGACCUCUCCGACGAAGAUGGGCGACUGAUCAAGCGGACUUUGUCCCCGGACUUGAUCGAGAGCUGCGAUUUAUGCAACUUCUUUGCUCAGGCAGCUCGGUAUUAUACCGGGAACUGCAAGGAAUAUCUCAAUGCGGACGGGGUGCCUGAGAUAUCUCUUCGCCUGGGCAGGUGGAGUCGGAGAACGCCGUGUCUUCGCGACGACCACGACCUGGUGAUCCUCAUUGAGAAACAAGAUGCCGAGAAAGAAAAAGAAGGGAGCCGCUUGAUAGAACCGGACCGGAUUGACUACUCGUUAUUGCGCGGUUGGUUUUCCCAAUGUGAAGAUGGCUACAUGCGGGAUUAUUUCAAGUACGAUAUCGACACCCUCCGCGUCAUCGACUGCGGGGAUGUUGGGGACGGAGAGCAAGAGCCAAGGUUGGUCUCAUGGGCUUCAGUUGGCAAGCAGUUGGACGGUAAUCCCCCAGAGUAUGUCGCCUUGAGCUACGUGUGGGGAGCAGCGCCAGGCGGGCUGCCUACUUUGGCUGUAAACUCGACCCUCCCUGGGCCCCUCCCAAAGGUCAUCUCGGAUGCCAUUGUGGUGGUGAGGAAUCUGGGGGGUCGUUAUCUGUGGGUGGACCGGUACUGCAUCCCACAGGGCGACAAUGACGAGAGGGAAAGGCAGAUCCAUGCGAUGGGACAGAUUUACCAGUCGGCAAAGUUCACCAUUAUCGCCGCGGCUGGAGACGGGCCGGACCAUGGACUGCCAGGCGUUACCACUACAAGACGUCUACCUCACCCCUUCAUAAACAUCCAAAAUCACACUCUUACUCUCAUUCCCCAGCCAGACGGAUACAUUCACCAUACCAAAUGGGCUACCCGCGGUUGGACCUUACAGGAGGGCUUUCUCUCCAGCCGGCGUCUGGUGUUUACCGAUCACCAAGUCUUCUACGAGUGCCAGUGUAUACAAGCUGUCGAGGCGCUUGUAGGUACAUACUGGCACCCAUACUCGUACUCAUCAAGAGAGCUGUGGUUCCACGUGUUCGCAGGCGAUACGAGCAAAAGAAAAGGGAGGGGCCGGCCGGGCUUCCAUUACGUCGAGCAGCUGCACGGCUUUAUUGAGAAUUACAUGACGCGGGAUCUGACAGACGCCAAUGACGGUCUUAAUGCUUUCCGGGGUAUUUUGCAGCACGCUGAACAAAACUGGCAAACACCGAUCCAUGAGGUUUGCGGACUGCCAAUCUAUGUCCCGGAAUAUCUGGGUACGCCAAACAACAAUUCGGCCAUUGCCGUCAGUCUCUCGUGGAAGAUGAGUGAUCUGAGGCGGCGACCCGAGUUUCCCAGCUGGACGUGGAUCGGGUGGAGGUCGGUCAAGAGGACUGGAGGGGGGUCGUUUUAUCUUGGUACGGAUGAACGGUGGUAUUCAUCGGCGGAUUCGAAACAUUACAUCACAUCGGUGGAUGUCGCUUUCCGCGAUGGCCAGGUCAUCCAGUGGUCCGACUUUGAUGGCAGGGGAGACAGAGGGAAGGUCUUUGAGAAGUCGUCGAUGCCGGGAAUGUCUGAGCUACCACAGAGUUUGUUGGUGACAGGCUGGCUGUUCGAUCUGACUGUUGUUGCGGUGGGUGAUCCAGGGGACGGACUCGCCACGACGACUGAGUUCCACACUGUCGAGAUCAGGGAGCAAUAUCGACGGCCCAUGUCUUUUGGAGUUGAGCGGGAGCAUCUGAUGCCGUUCUUUCCUGCCAACAGCGAUGGCAACAGAAAACAUACAUUCACCUGUUUGCUACUAGCUGAAGUCGACAAGUCCAACGACCGAAGCACGCUUGUAUUCCUGGUCCUUCGCCCCGUUCUUCAGGCCGAAGCUUUAGUGCAGACGUUUGAGCGCCUGGACUGCUGGACUCUGACAUCAAGCACGCCCAUCGUACAGGUUGACGGUACGACCAUGAAGGCUGGGGAUUGUGUAUUCAAGAAUGAUGCUCUGGUUCUGCAAUAG